UGCUUUUGAUGUCGUUAUUUCUCUUGUUUCUGUGAUAUUCAUAAAUACAAAGUCUUAUUGUGUUAUAGCAUCUUAAGACUAUUCGGAUGUUCCACAUUGUCCGCUCUUCAAAUAGAUUUGGGUUUAUCUUGAGAAAUGUAAGCAUCAGGAGCAUAUCUGGAGUGGCAAAUACUCUAGAUGUAAGGCAAAAAAUAAAAGAUACACGUGAAAAGAUCCUUCUUGGGGGCGGUGAAAAGCGCAUAGAAGCCCAACAUAAGCGUGGGAAACUUACAGCCCGUGAACGUAUAGAAUUACUGGCUGAUGCUGGAACUUUUAUCGAAUAUGAUGCUUUCAUGGAACACGAUUGUCAUGAAUUCAAUAUGCAAAAGCAAAAGAUCCCCUGUGAUAGCGUUGUCACUGGUAGAUGUCAAGUCAAUGGACGUCCGGUUUAUUUGUUCAGCCAAGAUUUCACUGUAUUCGGUGGUAGCUUAAGUCUUGCUCAUGCUCGAAAAAUAUGCAAGAUUAUGGACCAAGCAAUGUUAGUUGGUGCACCAGUUGUUGGUUUAAAUGAUUCUGGUGGUGCACGUAUUCAAGAAGGUGUUGCCUCUUUAGCAGGCUAUGCUGAAAUAUUUCAGCGUAAUGUAAAUGCCUCUGGUGUAAUUCCCCAAAUAUCUCUUAUUCUUGGUCCAUGUGCUGGUGGGGCUGUCUAUUCACCUGCACUUACUGAUUUCAUAUUUAUGGUUCAUGAUACAUCAUAUUUAUUUAUUACUGGACCAGAUGUCGUAAAAUCCGUUACCAAUGAAGACGUUACUCAGGAAGAACUUGGUGGAGCUAAAACUCAUACCACUAUAUCAGGUGUGGCUCAUCGCGCUUUUGAAAAUGAUGUCGAUGCACUAUUAUCAUUGCGUAGAUUCUUAACAUUUCUACCUUUAUCCAAUAAAGAAAAACCACCAAUUCAAGAAUGUCAUGAUCCAAUCGAUCGAUUAGUUCCUUCAUUAAAUACAAUAGUACCUUUGGAACCGACAAGUGCUUACGAUAUGACAGAGAUUAUAAAAGAUAUUAUUGAUGAAGGUGAUUUCUUUGAAAUUAUGCCUACAUAUGCUAAAAAUAUUAUUAUAGGUUUAGCUAGAUUAGGUGGACGAACUAUUGGAAUUGUUGCAAAUCAACCAAAAGUUUCUGCUGGUUGUUUAGAUAUUAAUGCAUCAGUUAAAGGUGCACGUUUUGUUAGAUUUUGUGAUGCAUUUAAUAUUCCAUUAAUAACAUUAGUUGAUGUUCCAGGUUUUUUACCUGGGAUAAAUCAAGAAUAUGGUGGUAUUAUUAGACAUGGUGCAAAAUUAAUUUUUGCUUACGCUGAAGCAACUGUUCCAAAACUUACAAUUGUAAUUAGAAAAUCAUAUGGUGGAGCUUAUUGUGUAAUGAGUUCAAAACAUUUACGUGGUGAUAUCAAUUAUGCUUGGCCAACUGCUGAAGUUGCUGUUAUGGGAGCUAAAGGUGCCGUUCAAAUUAUCUUUCGAGGUAAAGAUAAUCAAAGUCAAGCUGAAGAAGAUUACAUCAAAGCAUUUGCUAAUCCAUUUCCAGCAGUUAGUCGUGGUUACAUUGAUGAUAUUAUCGAUCCGCAUUUAACACGUUUACGUUUAUGUCAUGAUUUGGAAAUAUUAGAAAGAAAGAAAUUAGAAAAUCCUUGGAAAAAACAUUCGAAUAUGCCACUUUGAACAGGGAGGUGGAGGGGAAGAAAUAAGAUUUAAUCAAUUUUGUCAUUUUAUUUCUAAGCAUAUAUUGUUAUUUCAAUGCAUUUCUAUUUGAUUUCUUUUUUUUUUCUAUAAAAAUGGAAUAUUUACGUAAUAAUUGAAGCUUAAUUAUGCUUCUUGUUUUUUUUACGAAGGAUUUAUAUACUACUAAUAAUACUACUAUGUUUAAUGUUUAAAUAAAUAUUUCUAAGAUUAUAUUCACUUUAUUAUUUAUGGGUAAUUCUUUUUUAUCUAGACUGUAGUAUGGUUAGAAAUACUCUUUCGUUCAUAGUGAUAAUAACUAGUCAACUAGUCAGUCCUAGACAAUAUGGAAUCUGGCUUAUAUGUGCAUUGGAUUUGGGUUUCCCCAUGAUAUCAGCACAUAAUGAUAAAGUUAUCUAAAUAAAUAAACAAUGUACUGAAUGUAUGAUCAGUACCAGUAGUAAUAGAAAAAGAUUUGGUAUGGAAUGCUUUUCUGGUAUGAAAAGU